AUGUCUCUCGCACAAUUGCAAAACCUCUUACCUCUACCAGAGGAAGAUUUAAAGCAAGUAAUAGACUACGCAAACACACUUUCUAAACCCGCCGCUCGAGAUCAUUUCAUCGAUCUACUAGGAGAAUCACCUGGAAGCAUCGAAUUCAUCUCUUCAUUCAAUUCCAGAAGACAAGAUCCUACUGCGAAAGCCACUCCACCACAGGCACAAACAUACUCACAAGCUUCAGCACAAUCUUCAACACAAGGUUCUACAUCCGGCGUCCCUAAAUCAACCCGAGGUCCUAAGAAGAAGGCUCCCAUUCAUACACCAGCACCACGACAAGUGCAAGAGACAUAUACAGGGCAGGGAACCGCAUACAAAAAGAAAGACGAAGAUGACUAUGUAUCCCGCAAAUCCACACCUGUAUCCUCCUCCAAAGCCUCAGCAUCUCCCAAUGCCUUCACUCUCGACCCUACCCCCUCCGCAAUCCAAGCACCCAUUCCUCGCCCCCCUCCCUCAGCAGCCGGCACCCUGAUAUCUGAUUUCGGCAAGAAAUCCAAAUCUAGCGCCUCCUCUCGCGCCGCCUCUCAAAACCCCUCUCGCAAUGCCUCGCCCGCCCCAAAAACAAAAAUAAACAUCACCGGCGGAAACGCCAUGCACGGCGCCUCAACCGUCCUCUCCGAUCUCGACGCCGCAAUCCGCACCCUGGAAAUCUCGACCAAUGCUUCGCUGACCUCGUCGGAUCCCGCAAAACGGAGAUGCAAUUGUAUAGCCACGCGACAUCCAUUGCUGGCCGCGGCGCCAAAUUGUCUCGCGUGUGGAAAAGUCAUCUGUGUGAAAGAGGGACUGGGUCCUUGUACUUUCUGCGGAGCAGAUAUCCUGGGAAAAGACGAAAUCCAAUCCAUGAUCCGCACAUUGCGGGAAGAACGCGGAGUGGAAAAACAACGUCUAGACGCCUCAUCGCAUCGCCGCGCCGAGGUAUCCCGUACACCUGCGCCCUUUUCGGCACCCAAAACUAAUGACAUGACGCCUGCGGAACAAAAAGCAAAAGAACAUCGUGAUAGGUUACUGGGGUUCCAGGCCCAGAACGCGAAGCGUACAACGGUUCGAGAUGAAGCUGCGGAUUUCGAUACGAGUCUUGCGGCGAGUGUGGCGGUCGGAGGCGGAAGUGGGAUGGGGGGGAUGUGGGCGAGUCCUGCGGAGAGAGCGAGGGAGUUGAAGAGGCAGCAGAGGGUUUUGGCGGAGCAGGAGUGGAAUGCCAGACCGGAGUAUGAGAAGAGGAGACAGGUUGUUAGUGUGGAUUUGGUGGGCGGGAAGAUUGUGAAGAGGAUGGCCAAGAUUGAGGCGCCGAAGUUUGAGAGUGAGGGGGAAGAGGAGGUGGAGGAUUUUCAGGCGCUGGAAAAUGCGGGUGGGGGAAAUGUCGGAGGAGGCACGUUUAGUAGAAAUCCGUUGUUGGGGGGUCUGAUUAAGCCUGUUUGGACCGCGAAGAAGGUAGAGGGAAAGGGCAAGGAGAAGGAGACUGAAGGAGAUGGUGGUGAUGGCGAGGGAGAAGUUGUCAGGAAGAAGAAAACAUGGAGGAGGGUACAAGAUGAUAUGGAUGAUAAUGAAAAUAUUAUAUUGGACGGUGGAGCUUUUGGUGGGAGCGAAGGGAAGGAAAAUAGAAGAGAAGGCGCAGAGGAACAUGCUAUUGGCUAA